AAACGUGAGCGCCAGGGGGCCUUAUAAGUCUGCAUCCUUACGUUCUCCGAACCAAGCGGUCCUCCCCUCUGCCUGCGGCCCUGUCUCGUCCAUCUGCUGCUGCUCAUCUUUCAGAUGCUCUUUCGCGCUGCCAAAGAGCUCGACCCGGCGCUCAUCCCCGAUGAUUUGACCAUACCUCAGUUCAUCCUCGGUGCGCACACGGACUCCAACCGGCCUACGCGAGAUGCGCGCGCAGAUACGUGGUUGAUUCAGGACAAAACGGGGCGACGUAUCGGGUUGGACGAGCUUGAGAGGAGAACAGACGGGCUCGCCAAUGCUCUGAGUCUUCGAUAUGGCGUUAAGGCAGACAAUGUCGUAUUGCUAUUUUCCAGGAAUCACGUCGAUUUCCCCGUAGUCAUAUGGGCUGCCCAUCGCCUCGGCGCCAUCGUCUCCCCCGCCAAUCCGUCCUUCACGGCAUCCGAGUUGCAAUACCAGAUCGAACGCACGAAGGCUAGCAUGAUAUUCACCUACCCGGACGCAGAGUCACUGCGUGUAGCUCGGACAGCUGCGAGGGACGUGGGCAUACCUAUGGACCGCAUCGUCGUGUUGGAGGAAGAUGGCUCGUCGUUCGAUGGCACUGCGAGAACGUCUGACGGGAUGACCCGCUUCGAAGAGCUACUCCAAUUCGGCCUUGAUGAGCCCAAGAGCUUUACUGGAUAUCGAUUGAAGAAGGGCGGCGCGAAGAAGAAAAUCGCUCUAUUUUGUUUCAGCUCCGGUACAACGGGAAAACCGAAAGCUGUAGCGAUCCCCCACUAUGCGUUUAUUUCCAAUAUCGUGCAGCUGGCAGUACAUAACGACAUCAACGAGCGCUACUAUAAUGGGAGCAAGCGCGUCGUUCCCUGGGACUCCCCAGAACGAAGAUUUCGGGUAGGCGAUGUCUGCUUGGGAGUACUGCCUUUCUAUCACAUCUAUGGAUUGCUCAUGAGCCUCCAUUUUGGCCUUUAUGCAGGCCUUGCCGUAAUAAUCGUCCCAACGUUCAAGUAUACCGACAUGCUCGCAAGCAUCGAGCGGUACAGCGUUACACAUCUCUCCCUUGUACCUCCCCAAGCCGUCCUUCUGUGCAAGCAUCCAGCAACUGCCUCGUACCGACAAGCACUCGAACGCGUUCGCUUCAUGAUGAUGGGCGCCGCACCGGUAUCGCACGAGGUCACGAUGCAGCUGCUCAAGGUCCUUCCGAACGCGCAGAUCGGGCAAGCGUACGGCAUGACGGAGACGAGCACCGCCGUCUCCAUGUUUCCUGCGUCGCAAAGGAUCGGGACGUCGGGCAGUGCCGGGCAACUCAUGCCUGGAGUCGUCGCGCGGGUUGUGAAGCCAGACGGAACGUUAGUGGGAUUCGAUGAACCAGGUGAAUUUGUGGUCUCCACGCCGAGCGUGACGCUGGGAUAUUAUGGGGACGAGGAAGCGACCCGGGAAACCUACCUCGAUGGCGGCUGGGUCCGCACGGGCGACGAAGUCAGGAUAGACCGCAACAUGGAAGUCUGGGUCAUCGACCGCUUGAAGGAAAUCAUGAAAGUCAAUGGCUUCCAGGUCGCGCCGGCCGAGCUGGAAGGCUGUAUGCUCGACCAUCCUGCGGUGGCGGACUGCUGCGUCGUCGGCGUGCCCGAUGCUUACAGCGGCGAAGUUCCCCUUGCCUUCGUCGUGCUCUCCGACGCUGCUGCAGAAAUGGACAAGGGCAAGGCGGCGGAAGAGAUUAUGCAGCACGUCGCAAGGAACAAAGUCGCCUACAAGCACCUCAAGGGUGGCGUCGAGUUCGUGGAUAUUAUACCCAAAAAUCCGUCAGGCAAACUUCUCAGGCGUCUCCUUCGCGAGAAGGCCAAGGCUCUCAGGAAGGCGAAGAUGUGAGGGGCGUUUGUCAUUCAGGCUGUAGAUAUCCAAACGCCAGGUCCUGUCUGUCCCACCGCGUGCAUCGGCGCAUCUCGCUCCAGACUCGUACGCUGCAACGCAUAACCCUCUUUUGGAUAUCCCAAUGCCACCUGCUUCCCCGCCAUUUCCCUGAGCCCCCUCAAGCUCCGGUAGUCGACCUGCAUUAUGGUGACACCGUCCAUGUAACCAACAGCAGCCUCGAAGAGGAUGUGUACAUCAUCACCGCCAGGUUUGCGAGGCGGCAAUCCGAGAUGAACUUCGUAGGUCGAGACCGCGAAGCAGAUGUGGAUCAUGACCACGAAUUUGCAUGGUCGAGUAUCGACAGAUUGUAGAGCGCGCUCGAUGCUGAGCAAGAUUGUUUGUGCGUGCACACGCUCGUAGUGCAUUGUGCAGCAGGCGACGAAAUGCGCGUCGAGGGGCG